AUGCAGGCUCCCGUCGUCCCCUCAAACACCCUCUCGGCCCGCGAGAAGCGAAUGGCCCGAAUCCGCGGUGACAUUCACCCCCUCGCCCCCCACAAGACGCACCGCGCCGAUGCCCAGGUCGACGAUAGCUUCCUGACGAACAAGAAGGACAAGCGCACGAUGAAGCACAGUGCCUUCGUCAGCAAGAUCCACAAGGCCAACAAGACGCCCCUCAAGCGUCGCCGCCCCUCCAAGAAGCUCGUCACCACAAUGGAGUCCCUCGUCGACGCCCUCCCUGACCUCGACGAGUCGUCGCAGAGCCUCGAGCAGCUGCGCGAGGGCAAAGUGCGUCACAAGAGUCUCAAGAGCAGACCCGGCGCCCUGAAGAGGAAGGAGAAGGUCGUCAAGGGCGAGAUGCAGAGGUUCGGAGCUAGCAUGGCUGCCUUGGCCGCCGUUCCCGGUGCUCCCGCGCCCGCUUCUGCGUCUGCCGAGGGCGGUAAUGCCGCCAUGGCCGAUGUCGGGAGUGCGGGUGCGGCGGCGGAUGCCUCGAGCGCGACGGCGAACCGGUGGGCUGCGUUGCGGAAACACAUUUCAAACACCAUGGAGCAGAACCCCAUGUUCAGCAAGUAA